GCGCGCGGGGCGGGACGGGACGGCCCUGUGAUGUCGGCCCCGCUGGCUCCCGGUGCCCCCUGCCUUGCCCUGGCGCGGAGCCGCCCGGCCGGGCGCGCAGGAUUCCCACCACCCACGUAGAGGCCGCGGUCCUGCGCGGGCCUGGGCCCUCGGGCCAUGGACGGACCUGGGCGGUGGAGGGACCCACGAAGCCCCGCCCCCUGCGCGUGGCGCCCGCCGGAAGGGAGGUCGCCUGGGCCACGCCGCGGCCUGAAUCCUUGGGGCCGGCGGCCGCGGACCGGUGUCGCUGGGCGGAGUUCGCGUCUGCCGCGCUCCCCUGGGACUCGGGGCUUGGGGGUCACAUCGGCGGGCCGCGGGGGCACCGUGGGAAGUUGGGGACAUUUGUGUCCGGGCCCCGAGCCGGGGACACUGGGUCAUCUUGUGCCCCAACGGAUGCGCCCAACUCGUGCGCUCUCUGCUUGGUCCCACAGACCACGUGAAUACGAGUACAUGCAGGUGUGUACGGAGGUGUCCAAGCACGGCAGCGGCUCAAGGUGUUGUGUCCCAGCAGUAAACCCAACGGCCCUGGGGCCCUCCGCAGGGCAAGGAGACCCGAGCAGCAGCCCUCAGGCUGCGAAGGGCCGGCCACUCGCUGCUCCCGCCCCCACUCCUGGAGGAAGAGCUGGGGCCACUAGAGCAAGUCCCAGGCUGCGAAACCACCAGCACAUUCCCCUCCCCCUUGUCCAAAUAAACCCUCAGAAGAUCUGCCCAGCACUUUGGGAGGCCAAGGUGGGAGGAUUGCUUGACCCCAGGAGUUCAAGGCUGCAGUGAGCUGUGAUGGCACCACUGCUCUCCGGUGUGAGCAAUGGAGUGAGACCCAUCUCUAAAUAAAUAAAUAAAAUUUUAAAAAAGA